AUCGAGAUCGAUUUCACGCCUCCGUUCGCGCGAAUCGACAUGAUCAAGGGACUGGAGGACAUGGCCGAUCUCAACAUACCGGAGGAGGAUCUGUCGACUGACGAUGCCAACGAGUACCUGAUGGAGGCCUGUGCCAGGUACGACAUUACGUGCCCGCUUCCACACACGACGGCACGGCUGCUGGACAAGCUUGUCGGGCACUUCUUGGAGGAGACAUGCGUGAACCCGACGUUCAUCAUCAACCAUCCGGAGAUCAUGAGCCCGCUGGCCAAGUCCCACAGGGACGAGGCCCGGCCUGGACUGACCGAAAGGUUUGAGCUGUUCAUCAACAAGCAUGAGGUGUGCAAUGCCUACACGGAGCUGAAUGACCCCGUCGUGCAGAGGCAGCGGUUUGAGGAGCAGCUGAGGAAUCGUCAGGACGGUGACGAUGAAGCAAUGUCCAUGGACGAAACGUUCUGCACUGCCCUUGAGUAUGGCCUGCCGCCGACCGGAGGCUGGGGUCUGGGGAUUGAUCGCCUCACCAUGUUGCUGACGGAUUCCCAAAACAUAAAGGAGGUUCUCCUGUUCCCGGCCAUGAAGCCUCAAGACAGCUAG